GGAGCGAGUCAGAGCGAAGUGAGGAAACGAGUGUUAAAAGUUAGCAGGACUUGUUUUGUUUUGGUGGACGAGUGACAGAGGCCCCGCGACAUGAAUGUUUGAUAAAUACCCUCCUGUCUUUGGCAAUGGUGUCACCGAAGUUCACUGUUGGACAAGAAACGUCUCCGACGGUGGCCACAGAGGCAGAGGCCAGGUUGGUGUGCCAGGGAGUAAACAACCAGAGCUACAUCUGUGAGUCCGGUCAUUGCUGUGGAGAGACACAGUGCUGCAGCUACUACUAUGAACUGUGGUGGUUUUGGCUGGUGUGGACCCUAAUCAUUAUCCUGACCUGCUGCUGCGUGUGUCAGCACUGGCGUUCCAAGCAGCGCUUCCAGCAGCAGCGCCGGCAGAACGAGAUCAACCUCAUUGCCUACCGAGAGGCUCAUAACAACUCCCAGCUGCCCCUGUAUCUCAGAUUCUUACCGACUUAUCUGCUGCCACCCUAUGACGAGGUGGUGAACCGGCCAGCCACACCUCCUCCUCCGUACACCCCUGUCCAGCCAGCACCUCCAGCAACAGACGCACCUGAGGAAUCGGCCUGCCUCCACUCACCUGUCUCUGUGGAAACUGAUGCAGAUGCAGCACUCCCUGCAGCUCCAGAGGUCACACACACGUUCCUUCACAGCGCUUCCAACAACAAGGACUCCUCGCCAGGCAGGUACCGGCGAUUCACCGGGGAUUCUGGGAUCGAAGUGUGUGAUGGUCAGGAGUUGUGGGAACAGUUGAGCUUUUUACAACGAGAAGAAGAGCCAGAGGAAGAGGAGGCUGAGCCAUGUGAUCACUGUGGUCCUGAUGCUGCUGAACACAGCCACAUGAAUGAUUCACUUGUUGAUGAGAGCAGAGAUGGACACACAGGUAAUCCCAACAGUUGAAGUGAGUAUAUGCAGAAACUCAAGUCUGCCGCAGUCACUCACCUUAUGCUGCACUGUAAUAGCAUCGCUUAACGUCUGAUUCAAACAGGUAAUCCAGCAGCCAAGUCUCCUCCAAUAUUUAAAGGUACAUCAUAUGUAUUGCACUGAGAACAAUGGUGCAGCCAGUUCAUUCACAAGUCCAUUUUAAUUUACAGCAUGCAAACUCUAUGUUUGCAAGCUCGUAGUACUGUGAUAAAUAUUCAUGGACAAAUAUUUGUGAUGAUUUAUUAUUAGCUGCAGCUCCUAGCACAGUUAAUCAUGGAUAGAUAGAUAGAUUCCCAUUUAGUGGACCGUACAGCUCAUCUAACUAUACCAAAUAAGAUUUUAACCUUUAGAAAAACUAAUCAUGUUGAUCGCCUACAAACAAGCAUGUGUACAAGGAUCAGGUCAGAGCAGGUCAGAGGAGCAGGUGUUCUACAGAUGUUUGUAACCAGCUGAGCAGGUGUUCUACAGAUGUUUGUAACCAGCUGAGCAGGUGUUCUACAGAUGUUUGUAACCAGCUGAGCAGGUGUUCUACAGAUGUUUGUAACUUUAAUUUACUACCCUUAAGUCAAAAUGGACAGAAAUGUCCACUUCUGAAAACAUGACAGAUGAAUAUAUGUUCCUGCCCUUUUCUGCAUAAACCCCUUAAACAAGCCUUGCUCACAACUACCAAACGUUCAAUCAUUUUGAGGAUUUUAACCCUUUAAAUGCCAGUUUGAUAACUUGAUGUCGCUGAUGUUAUACAUAAAAGCCAAAAUAUUGACUUUCACAAAAAUAGUACAGAUUUGAGUUUUUUCUGCUUUUGUGGGUUAAAUCUUUUGAUCAAAACUAUCAAAUAUUGAAUAAUUAACCCUUUAAAUGCCUGUUUGAUGACAUGAUGCUAAUAUUUUUUUAUGAAAAACACACAAAAUGAGUUUCCAUAUAACAAAUAUUGGGGGACUGGGGGAUUUUUUUUAAGGAUUAGUCAAAAUAUUGACUUGGAUGCAUUAUUAGUUUAUGUGUAACAUCAGAUUUAAAAAGUCAUGACAUUUAAAAAUGUUCCAUUAACUCCUCCUCAGUUAAAGUUAAAGCAGUAGAAACUGCUGCUGGGCCGUGGAUGGAGCCGCAGCCCUGACAGCUCAGCUCAGAUCAAUGUGAUCACGUUUCUUCUGAUGAAAAGUAUUUUAAAUCAAGACAGUGACACAAAAGAAAACGAGGGAGCAGGGAUAAGUUUAUUUAGUUCACUCCUGAGGACGGAUUGCAUUCAACCAUGCUCAGGAAUGAGGCAUUUCCCCAAACCGCCUCUGAAUGUGGUUUUUGUGAUCAAAUCUGAGGAUGCAUUUGGACAUAAUUUGGUGCUUCCAGACCUGUACCUGGAGCACGACCUCAGUACAUCAUCAUUGACCCUCCAGUCACCUGUCACACUGAUGUGUAGCCUCAUGUGACCUUUGACUUGGGAAUAAUAAGCUGAACUGAAUCAAAAUGCUGGAGUUCCCUGGACUUGCACUUGGUGACUUCAUGAUUAUUUGGUUGAUAUUAGUUUCCAUGGACUUCUGUGCACUCACUGAAUCUGUGUGAAAUGCUGCACGAAUGGUUACCAAACUCUACCCAGUUAAAUAAGUAUCUGGUUAAAAAAUACUCAAGUAUACACAUAUGUCGAGGGUGUUGGUUUCAAUACAUAAUUCUGUGAAGUGGAAAACUGAACUCGAGGCUGCACUGAGACAAUGUUGCUGCUGUAGAGUCAGUGGAGUCAGAGUCGAGCACUUUUCUACAUAUGCAGCAUUUAACAGUGGUCUUCAGCACAUGGUGCUAUAGUCUGUGUAAUCGUUUACUGUCUGCUGAAUAAAAUUCUAUUUUCCCUCUUGUAUUUUGUAUAAAGUGUCAUUAAAAGUUACGAAGAAUGAAA